CGGUGGGAACACGAGCGGCAAGUCGGGAUGGGGUAUUCUGGGUAAGGAGGAAAGGGCAAAUGCCUUGCCGAGACCUGGAUACCGCGCUCGUGACGGUUGAGUUGUGCUUAAGGGGACCGGGGGACGAUCUGUACACCGAUCUUAGGGUGACGGGGACCGUGUACCUAUCAGAGCUCGGGUGGCACAUGUUAGGGACGGAGUUGGCACUAGGGCUAGGUAAAGAAAUGGCGACGGAGGAAGGGAUCGAUGACCAGCAGAGCGGAGGGAAUCAGGGCACGAAUGAAAAUGGGGAACGAAACGAGGGAUCAACCAGGGAUCGAGAGUCAACCAAACUGGAGGGGACCCAAGAAGACCGAAAGGACGCCUCAAUUGGAGAAAACUCGGGGAAAGUUGGGGGUCGCAAAAGGGGACCUCAGAAAAACAGGGAAGGAGGAAAUGAUAUGAGAACAAGUCCUUGGAACUCAGCAGGAGCCACCCCUGAAAAGACGAAAGUCUUGGAUACCAGUCAUAAACUGGCAGAGAUAGAGAAGCGGACCGCGGAAUUUAAGGCAAGACUUAUCGAGCAGAUGAUUGCCGAGGAUGAGGAGGACCUCCAGGACGCAGGGUCACGUGAGGGACGCAGGGCCGGUCAGGACGAGGCUAGGUAUGAGGGGAAGGAUGAUAGUCACAAAGGAACGCCUAGCAAGAAGGGGAAGAACAAGAGCGACCCCCCGGCGGAAGGAACGGAAAACGCUAUGACCCCACCCGCUAUUGACAUCGGCACUAGCAGACUACCCGCCACGCCGAAAGUAACAGCGGCGUGUGACGGACUCUGGAGCCUUAGGGAGAGAGUGCUAGGAUGGUUCGACCCAGAAGGAACAUCGAAAACCAGGGAGAAGCAGAGGGAAAGCAAGGAAGGGGAAGGAGCCAGUGCAGCCGGGGAAGCGGGUGGCUCCGAAGACGGUCUCAAGAAAGUAGUCGCCACCCUCAACAGGACACUUAACAAGAACCAGGGGUAUCUCGCAGAUGCGAAAAAGAAACUCACGUUCGAUGGGGCCAACAUUAUGGAGUUUCUAAUAGACUAUGAGAAGCUAGCAGCCUUACUGAAAUGGACGGAAGAGGAAAAGAUGAAGCACCUGGGGCAGUACGUGUCACUAAGCUUGGGCAGGGACAUUAUGGUCAUUGUCGCCUCCAGUGGAUCCUGGAAAGAAACCAGGAAUGAGAUGAUGAGGAAAUACCUGAGGGCAGAGAAAAUGGCAACAGAGGUCGAAUUAGCCGAAGUCCAAAGGAAAAACUAUGCGACUUACAAUGAUUUCCUAAGGGCAUUCACGUUAGUGGCUCUACGAAUUCCCGGGGUAACGGACCGUAUAAUGAGUAAAUACUUCCUCAAGCAGUUUUCCGAGUUCGAUAAAGAUAAGAUUUUGUCAGCAUACCAGCAGACUAGUAAGUUCGAAUACGCGAGAGACGUGGACUUCAGCACCGUAACAGACCUUGCGGAAAAGACAGUGGUUACCGAGACGCUAGCCCUACUUAAGGAAGGGGAGGUCAUAGAUCUGACCGGGAAGACAGGGGAUAAGGCAUACCUGUUCGGGAGGCGAUUUAUCAUAAGGAUCRAUCCCACCAACGUUGUCGGAGCCCUAAAGAACUACAAGCCCAUAGACCCGACUGUCGGCAGAUGGAUAGGCUUCAUAUGGCAAUUCGACUAUAAGGUCGAGCGAAUUGCAGGGCUUCGAAAUAGGGCAGAUGGGUUGAGCAGGGUUUGUAUCACGCCAGAGAAAGUAGAGGACGCAGAACCAACUGACGCCUUCCUAGAGUACGAAGGAGGGACCCUUGUCGUGGAUAAUGAGAUGGCAAAUCUGACAAUUACAACAGAACAGUUGCUGAUUCAGACCUUGGAAAAGGGCGCACGUGCAGUGGUUGCAGAACUCAGGGAAGGACCAGUCACCAUGGUUAGGCGCAAAGAGGAAAAUGACUCGUGGGGAGCAGAAGUUGGGGCCAGAGAGGAAUUGAUGGCAAUGACCGUGGAAGGGGGAUGGGACGCCGUAAUGACAUUGGCCGAAACCUGGGCGCAGAAGGAGUGUCAGUACCUAGUCAACCUCACUCGAGAGGAGCAGGGUGCGGAUCAGAACGAACAGGAAUUCUUCCUCAUACAAAUGUAUGAGGGCGUUUUCAAAGAAAUCGGUUUGCUGCUUGUCGGGAACAAACAACCGACGGAAGUCAGUCCCAAGGCAAGGGAGGAAGUAGAAAAGUACGUCCUAAGGAAUGACCACCUGUUCAAAAGAGAGGAAGGGAUGAUGCCUAGACGCGUCGUCUGCGGGAGGUCUAGGCAGUUGGACAUAAUUCAGGCAAUGCAUGAUGGGCUAGUUGGGGGUCACCAGUCGUGAAAGGGGACACUUGCAAAGAUUGUGC